GCAGCAUCACCUGUGAUCUCACCUGUUUCGCGAUGCAUUCGACUUCCAAGUCGUCGUUGUGGCUAGCUGUCCUCCUGGCAGUCGGUGUAUCCGUGGUCCUGGCCAGGCCCGCCGGCGAGGAUGCCCAGGCCGAGACCCUCAAGCUGGAGAGCGAGAACACCGGCGACAAGUACUCUUUCUCCUUUGAUACCAGCAAUGGUAUCUCGCGCACAGAGACGGGCGAGGUGAAACCAGGUGCCGGCGAGGAUGACGGCUCCCUCUCGGUUCAGGGCUCCACCAGUUGGUCCGCUCCAGAUGGCAAAAAGUACGAGAUCAGCUUCACGGCCGACGAGACUGGGUAUCAUCCCAAGUUCCGGCUGGUGACCUAGGAGUAGCUCCUAUAUGUUAUAUAUAGAAUUUAUAGAACUAAUAUAUACCCCAUUAUCCAUGUUAGAACUUUUAUGUUUGACAAAUAAAAUAGAAGCCAUUUAAAAGUGGCUUAACGCA